CGGCCUGUGGUGUCCAAGUUCCCCUUCCGUGGAGGCUGCAACUCUCCCUUACCCACUGGCUUCCUGUUGGGGCUUCCUCGGCCCCACCUCACAUUUGGGGCAUUUCCUUGCCUGACAGAGGGAGCUGGACCUGGGCUGUGCCCUGGCCGAGGCAGACAUGGUGCCCCUGCUGCUGCUGCCCCUGCUGUGGGGGGGGUCCCUGCAGGAGUAUCCAGGGUACCAGCUCCGAGUGCAGGAAUUGGUGACAGCGCAGGAGGGUCUGUGCGUCCUCAUACCCUGCUCCUUCUCCUACCCCUGGGAUUCGAGGUAUCGCCGUGGUGAACUCUACAUCUACUGGUUCUGUGAUGGGGACUACACGCGCUACCGUAUUCUUGUGGCCACAAACAACCCAGAGCAACAAGCAGAUAUAGAGGCUCAGGGCCGGUUCCGCGUCCUCAAGGACCCCAGGACCAACAACUGCUCCCUGAGCAUCAGAGACGCCAGGAGAAGUGACACAGGCGUCUACUCCUUCCCAGUGGAGAGAGGAAAUUAUGUGAACUAUAGUUAUAGAGAUAAGAAGCUGAAUUUGCAGGUGGCAGACCUGACAGAGAAACCUGACAUCCACUUUCCGGAGCCUCUGGAGUCCGGCCGCCCCACAAAGAUGACCUGCAGCCUGCCAGGGUCCUGUGAGGGGGGAAGACCUCUCACCUUCUCCUGGGUGGGGGAUGCUCUUGACUCGCUGGACCCCAAGGCCCUCCAGUCGUCGGUGCUCACCCUCACCUUGAGGCCCCAGGACCAUGGCACCAACCUCACCUGUCAGGUGAAACUCCAAGGAUCUCAGGUGACCACGGAGAGAACCAUCCAGCUCCAUGUCUUUUAUGCUCCAAGGUUGAUGACCACCAGCCUUUUCCAGGGAAACUGUACAGCCCUGAAGACCCUGAGCAAUGGCACAUUGCUGCCAGUCCUGGAGGGCCAGUUCCUGCGCCUGGUCUGCGUGGCUGACAGCACCCCCCCUGCCAGGAUGAGCUUGUCCCAUCAGGGGAAAGCCUUGAGCUCCUCCAAGCCCUCAGCACCUGGGGUCCUGGAGCUGCCCCAGGUUGGGGCUGGAGAUGGAGGGAAAUUCACCAACCGAGCUCAGAACCUGCUGGGCUCCCCGCAUGUUUCCUUCAGCCUCUCUGUGCAGAGAAGCCCCUCUUCCUGCAGCUGUGUGACUGGUGAACAGCAGGGCUCCUGGCCCCUGGUCGUCACCCUGAUCAGAGGGACCCUCAUGGGGGCUGGCUUCCUCCUCACCUAUGGCCUCACCUGGAUCUACUACACCAGGUGAGCAGGCCUGUCCCUCUCCAGGGAAGUCCAGUGAUUGGCCCCUGACUUCCAGGGGCACUGAGUUGUCCCACCGCCUGGAGUCGCAGUUAGAGCGACCGACGCUGAUCUGAGACCUGUGUUGGCUCUGCAGGUGUGGAGGCCCCCAGGGUGCAGGGCUGAGAGGCCUGACUGAGCCUCCCUCCAUCUCAAGAUGGGACUGAGGUGUAGACUCGGAGCCCAGAGGGACAGACGUGCAGACAUCACUGUCAGCUCCACCCUGGAAACUCUGGACUCAAACUCUGUCUCAUUUGUACCGAUGGAUUUCAAUAUGUGGAGGUGAAGUGAGUGAUGACAUGGAGAGGUCAAUGCCAUUGAAAGAUUUUUAUUACUUACAUUUCCAGAGAGGAGGUGGCACAUCACCCCCUGCAGGGCCACAGGGGAAGCACCAGGUUUGAUCAGGAGACAGAAGCAGGCAUGGGGGAAGCCUAGGCCAGGGCCUUUAUUGGGGUUUCCAUGGGAAAGGAAGUUAGGGCAGGCACAUGGUUUAGGAUUAGCUAGUUUGAACAAUUCUGUGGUGCUUUGCCAACAGGGGUGGUCUCUAGUUGUCUGGUACCUUGUCCUGGGUGAUUAGGGCAGGGGAAAUAGUGGCUUGGUGUGUGGGAGUUAGAUAAAGGGGUGUCUGGGGGACUUGGGCUCAGGAUUGGUUGGUUUGCAUUGAAUGAUGUCUCCUGGCAGAGCCCUUUGCUGUCACCAAGAUUUGGCUACUCCUUGGAGUGGGGGCAGACUCUCCCAGGGCCAGCAAGCUUUAUAAGGUGUCAAAUCAUCAUAAGAUAAACAAAAUAAAAACAUGAUCAUUUCAUACACACCCCACUGACUGCCCCCUUGUUUCUGCCUGCUCCCCUCCCUAUCUGUUACCAACCCCUCCUUGUUGGUCCUGCCCACCUCUCCUCCUACCCUCCUCUCUCUCCCUCCCCAGCCCUAUGAAGGGAACGAACUUGGGGCCUUACCCUCCUGUUACCCAGAAGUUACCUGGUUAACACCUGAGUUUCUGGUCUCCCAAACUUCUCCAUCAACGGAGACAUCCAUACAGAGUAGAGUCAGGAGCACAGCUUUUCUUUCCCGGUUUAAAGACGCCCAUCUCGUAAUUAUUAUUAUAAAAGAUGACAACAUUUAUUUUAUAAAUAAAAGUUUUAGUAAGCAAUACAACUUAAGAAGCAAUAUUACCAUUGAGUGUCUCCGUGGGAGUUUCUAGAGCAAAAUUGUGUGUGAAUCUUCUGUUCUUUUUUUGUUGAACUUGUUUCCACUACAGCUAUUUGUCUAUUCAUUGUUUUCUUGAUGCCUAACUUACACUGAGUAAAACAUGCAAAUCUAAAGAGUACAACUAGAGGAAUGUUUAUGUAUGUGCACACCCACACUUCCACCACCAAGCUCCACAUACACAUUCUUUCCACCCACCCCUGUGGUCAGGUCAGGCUACCAGAGAGAAAGGGGCUGAGCUGAGGUUGGAAGGAUGAGAAGUGGGCGGGAAGCUUGGGUGGGGACGUGCCAAGAGCUGAGCCAGGCUGGCAGAUGUGGGGGUGCACCUGUGUCUGCUGCUUGUGGGGAGGACCAGGAGAACCCAACACACACGAUGGUGGGAAAGAAGGCAGCUCAGAUACUCAGAUACAGCCUUGAGUGCAGGCUGAAGACACUGGGCUUCAUCUUGUGACCCUUCAAGUCAGCACAGUCCCGAAUGUACCACCUCCCUCUUUCCUGUCCCUAGUGUUUGUGCUUCCUAGAAGUGGAGUCAAACUUUAUAUACACUCUAGUGUCUGGCUGCUUUCUCCCAGUAUUAUGUCUUUCAGAUUUAUCCAUGUUGUUCCAUUUAUCAAUCACUCAUUUUUGCUUUUGGUAUCAUUUUUCCUUUUAAUAUCGUAUUUUAUGUGUGUAUAUACUUCCAGUUAUUUAUCUAUUCUACAGAUAAAUAAAUUCAAUGGCAUUGAAUUUGUUUCCAGUUUAUGGCUUUUCAAAAAUAAUUUUGAUAUGAAUUUUGGGAUGAAGAGGGGAGCACUAGCACUUUGUUCCUGGUGGUUAUGUGGUUGCUCUGUCGUAAGGUAGGCAUAUAUUUAGCUGUAGAAGAUACUA